CGAAGAGAUUCGAAUUCCAGUAUUGACCAAUCAGAGGCCUAGCGCACGGCUUUAACCUGAUACCUUCCAAGAAUUUACACUCGAGUAACGUGGGCCCAUUCAACGACGUAAUCGUGAUGUAACCAAAAAUAUUGAGUUGCAAGAUAUUUUUAUCAACAUAAACAAAUCGUGCAAUUAAUCGCGACAUACAUAGGUAAACUACAGUAAAAUAAAUCGCCAGUCUACCUCAAGUGAAAAAAUAAACUAUUCGAUGAAAUAAAAAAUACGGUAAAGUAGAUUUCUAAUUCAUUGACAACUUCGUUCUCAAAGGAUAUCGGUAGGAAGAAUGGAAUCGAAUAACGAUCAAUAUAUCCUUGAAUGGGCGAAUGACGCUCAUCUGUCUGAGAUUUUGUCUCUUUUACAUGAAAAUUUCGACAAAGAGGAGACAAUGUUGAAAAGUCUGAGAGACAAUAAUUCGUUGACAACCGAGGACGAAGAAAUAAUGAGAAUCGACCACGAGCAACUUAUACGAGCGAUUUUUGCUUUCUCACCGUGCAUCGUAGCGAUCGAAAAAUCGUCGGGGAAAAUUGUCGGGGUAAAUCUGAUGAUAGUCAGUGGAAAUUCGAAAUGUAACGACGGCGUUGAUGGCGUUUCCGCAGCGUUCACCAACAACCCGCCAAAAAAUAAAUUAAUGAAACGAUAUUUUAAUUAUUUAUCUGAGAUCGGUGAGAAGGCUGAUUUGUACGGAAGGUAUCCGAACUGCAAAAAGGCAGUGGAGUUUUACGCGGUUGCUGUGAACAAAGAUCACCGUAGACAAGGACUUUCAAGAUCAUUGAUGGCGGCGGGAAUUUCCUCUGCAAAAGAUACGAUGCAGGACGUCGGAUUCAUAUUCGGAGUCUAUACAUCGUUGUAUUCGAAAAAGGCGGCGGAGAAACUUGGCCUGAAAAGCAUCAUGGACGUAGAUCUGUUGCAUUACAAGGACGAUGAUGGCCAACCUAUUUUCCAAGACACUCCGCCGCAUAACGUUGUUUCUGUGAUGGUCUUGCAACUUGCUUGAGAUUCUCCAGACACCUUUUUUUCAUUCUACAAAAAGAUAUAAACAUGUAUAUUUUCGACAGAAAGAAAUACACGAUGCCAAAAUCGAA